AUGGAGCCGGCAGGGCUCUGCUGCCAGGAGCCCAGGUCACCUUCCCUUCAGGCCGAGCAGGCCACCGCAGUACACCUGAGGGCUGGGACCUCGCUGGGGCGACCCAACGCACACGGUCCUGAGGUGCCAGCAGCAGACAGCAGGACACCGCUGGCCCUCCUGCUGCUGGCAGCGAGGCCCCUGAAGCCCCUCGUCGGCCAGGCUGUGGGCCUGGGGACACCGCAGUGUAGGGGCCCGAGGGAGGCCGCCAUCUUGGGGGGCACCCUUGGGGCAGGCUGCUGCGGCCACCACGGGCUGCCCGCAGGGAAGACGCCCCCCACCGGUGCCCCCGUCUCCCCCCCGCCCCCCCCGCCGCCCCCCGCCGCCCUGGCGCCGCCGCCGCCGCCGCGGAACGCCUGCCUCACCUGCCCGCAGUGCCACCGCAGCCUGGUGCUGGACGAACGCGGGUUGCGGGGUUUCCCCCGCAAUCGUCUGCUGGAGGGCGUCAUCGACCGCUACCAGCAAGGCAGGGCGGCGGCUCUGCGCUGCCAGCUCUGCGAGAAGGCGCCCAAGGAGGCGGCCGUCAUGUGCGAGCAGUGCGACGUCUUCUACUGCGAUCCCUGUCGCCUGCGAUGCCACCCGCCGCGGGGACCACUGGCCAAGCAUCGCCUGGUCCCGCCGGCCCAGGGUCGGGUCAGCCGCCGCCUCAGCCCCCGUAAGAUCUCCACCUGCACCGACCAUGAGCUGGAGAACCACAGCAUGUACUGCGUGCAGUGCAAGAGCCCCGUCUGCUACCAGUGCCUGGAGGAGGGCAAGCACUCCAGCCACGAAGUCAAGGCACUGGGCGCCAUGUGGAAGCUCCACAAGAGUCAGCUUUCCCAGGCCCUGAACGGGUUGUCGGACAGAGCCAAGGAAGCAAAAGAGUUCCUGGUCCAACUCCGCAACAUGGUGCAGCAAAUCCAGGAGAACAGCGUGGAGUUCGAGGCCUGCCUGGUGGCCCAGUGUGACGCCCUCAUCGACGCCCUCAACAGAAGGAAAGCCCAGCUGCUGUCCCGGGUCAACAAGGAGCACGAGCACAAGCUGAAGGUGGUACGAGACCAGAUUUCUCACUGCACGGUCAAGCUGCGCCAGACCACGGGCCUGAUGGAGUACUGCCUGGAGGUCAUCAAGGAGAACGACCCCAGCGGCUUCCUGCAGAUCUCCGACGCUCUCAUCAGGAGAGUGCACUUAACCGAGGACCAGUGGGGAAAGGGGACGCUCACACCCCGGAUGACCACGGACUUCGACCUGAACCUUGACAACGCCCCUCUGCUGCAGUCCAUCCACCAGCUCGACUUUGUGCAGAUGAAAGUUUCCUCCCCAGUGCCGGCCCCCCCGAUCCUGCAGCUAGAGGAGUGUUGCACCCACAACAACAGUGCCACCUUGUCCUGGAAGCAGCCCCCCUUGUCGACGGUGCAGGUGGAAGGCUACAUCCUCGAGCUCGACGACGGCAACGGCGGCCAGUUCAGGGAGGUGUACGUGGGCAAGGAGACCAUGUGCACGGUGGACGGGCUUCACUUCAACAGCACGUACAGCGCACGUGUCAAAGCCUUCAACAAAACAGGAGUCAGCCCGUACAGCAAAACGCUGGUUCUGCAGACAUCUGAGGUUGCUUGGUUUUCUUUCGAUCCUGCCUCUGCCCAUGCUGACAUCAUCUUUUCUAAUGACAACCUGACUGUCACCUGCAACAGCUAUGAUGACAGGGUUGUGCUGGGGAAAACGGGCUUUUCCAAAGGGCUCCAUUACUGGGAGCUGUCAAUCGAUCGUUACGAUAACCACCCUGACCCGGCCUUUGGUGUGGCACGCAUUGAUGUCCUGAAGGAUGCCAUGCUGGGCAAGGACGACAAGGCCUGGGCCAUGUACGUGGACAAUAACCGGAGCUGGUUCAUGCACAACAAUUCGCACACCAACAGAACCGAGGGUGGGAUAACGAAAGGCGCCACAGUGGGAGUGCUGCUGGAUUUGACCAGGAGAACCUUGACAUUCUCCAUCAACGAGGACCAGCAAGGGCCCGUUGCCUUUGAGAACCUGGAGGGCCUCUUCUUCCCCGCAGUCAGCCUCAACAGGAACGUGCAGGUGACGCUGCACACCGGCCUGCCGGUCCCCGAAUUCUACGCUUCGCGCUCGGCCAUGCCAUGA